GGGGGCCGGACCGUCGCGCGGCAACGCUGGGAGCCGGCGGAAAUGGGGCUCGUGUCCCGCGGCGCGGCCGCGGCGGGGCUGGGGGCGGCGAGCGCUGUCGUCCGCCCAGGUCCGCCCCACGCGGUCCCCCACUCCAUCCCUGGGGAGCAGACGCGUGCCCAGCAUGGUGCUCAAGGCCUUCUUCCCCACGUGCUGCGCCUCGGCCGACAGCGGCCUGCUGGUGGGACGGUGGGUGCCGGAGCAGAGCAGCGCCGUGGUCCUGGCUGUGGUGCACUUUCCCUUCAUCCCCCUCCAGGUGAAGGAGCUCCUGGCCCAGGUGCAUCAGGCCGGCCGCGUGGGGUUGGCCGUGCUGGGCACCUGGUGCCACCGCCGGCAGGGGGCUGAGGAGAGCCUGGGCCACUUCCUGGAGGGCCUGGGCACCAUCUUCUCCCACGAGCCUUGGCUACAGCUGUGCCGGGAGCCAGGCAGCAAGUUGUGGAGCUGCAAGGCCACCCGCCGGCAGGUACCUCCCCGCCGCGGCGCCCCCUAUGAGGACCAGGUCAUGCUCGUCUUCUACGACCAGCGCAAGGUGCUGCUGUCGCAGCUGCACCCACCCGCAGCCCUGCCCGACCGCCAGGCCGGUGAUGCCGCGCCCAGUGCCGGGGGCUUGGCCGCUGUCUUUGACACGGUGGCGCGCAGUGAGGCGCUCUUCCGAAGCGACCGCUUCGACGACGGCCCUGUGCGCUUGAGCCACUGGCAGUCGGAGGGCGUGGAGGCCAGCAUCCUUGCCGAGCUGGCAAAGCGUGCCUCAGGGCCCGUCUGCGUGCUGCUGGCCUGCCUGUUGUCACUCGUCUCGGCCGCCAGCGCCUGCCGGCUGUUCAAGCUGUGGCCCCUGUCCCUUGUCUGGAGUAAGCUCUCUGUGUGCGAGCAGCUCAGGCACCGGCUGGAGCAGCUCACGCUCAUCUUCAGCACCCAGAAGGCCGAGAACCCCACCCAGCUGAUGAGGAAGGCCAACGUGCUUGUCUCUGUGCUUCUCGAUGUGGCCCUUGGCCUUGCGCUGCUGUCGUGGCUUCGUGGGAAGGACCGCAUUGGGCCACUGGCGGAGGCCCUCGUCCCUGUGGCUGAUCAUGUGGCUGAGGAGCUCCAGCAUCUGCUGCAGUGGCUGAUGGGUGCGCCUGCUGGGCUGAAGAUGAACCGGGCGCUGGACCAGGUGCUGGGCCGCUUCUUCCUCUACCACCUGCACCUGUGGAUCAGCUACAUCCACCUCAUGUCCCCCUUCAUCGAGCGCAUCCUGUGGCACGUGGGCCUCUCAGCCUGCCUGGGCCUGACGGUCGCCCUGUCCAUCCUGUCUGACAUCAUUGCUCUGCUCACCUUCCACAUCUACUGCUUCUACGUCUACGGGGCCAGGCUGUACUGUCUGAAGAUCUGCGGCCUGUCCUCGCUUUGGCGUCUGUUCCGGGGGAAGAAGUGGAAUGUUCUGCGCCAGCGAGUGGACUCCUGCUCCUACGACCUGGACCAGCUGUUCAUUGGGACUUUGCUCUUCACCAUUCUGGUCUUCCUCCUGCCCACCACGGCCCUGUACUACCUGGUGUUCACCCUGCUCCGGCUCCUGGUGGUGGCUGUGCAGGGCCUGAUGCAUCUGCUCGUGGACCUCAUCAACUCCCUGCCGCUGUACUCGCUUGGCCUCCGGCUCUGCCGGCCCUACAGGCUUGCGGGUGGCUGCCCCUGUUUUCAUGCUGACACCAACCGCUAGGUAGGUCACAUGCUCCUGAGGGGAGGCUGGGGGAGGCUGACCUAACUGGUCACAGCAUUGUGAGUUGGCCCAUCCCCGUUGAGGGGUUUUGAACACAUCAGGGAGCAUGGGGCAUUCUUGGUACAGCCCCCAUCCAGCGGCUAUUCCACCGGCCCCUGUGCUGAGCAGCAUGCCCAGGAGGCCCUGCAUGCUGUUUGCAGCUCAGCCCCGACACCAAAGCUCCCAGCAAUUGCUUCCAGCCUCUGGAGGGCCAGAGAACUUGAACCUGCAUGCUCCGUGCACUUUGGACCUAGUCUGCCUUCCUGGUGCCCUUAGAUUCUCUUUCCAGGCCACCUCCCCUGCAGACCCCCAGGUGGCCCAUGCCGGGGACCCCAGCCUGUGUCCAUACUUCAGAGUGCCAGGACCAGGCAGGCUAGGAGCCUGAGACCCAGCAUCUUCCCUCCCCCAGCCCGCAGCUUGUGGUCAGAGCAGAGUUGUUUUAACUUCACAUAAAAGUCCACAGAUACUGCCGCCUCCUCUUGUUUUCACCGAGUUUGCCUUGGGGCCUCUUCAUCAAUUGAUAAUUAGCUCCUGCUUCUCUUUUCAAGAACUUUCUGCCUUGGAAAUUCCCAGGCUGGGGAGCCCAAACCACAGGCCAGGGGCACAGUGGGUUCCCAAGUCACCGCUCAUACAGAAUUUGGAAGACGUUUAGAUGCCAGCAUGGCAGCCACAUCCCACCAAGGACCCUGUCCACUCUGUGGGAGAAGCCACGUCCCAUUUGGAAAGCAGCGCAGCCUGAGGCCCUGAAGCCCAGCUGACCCUGCCCCGCCUCCCAGACAUGCAGCUUCUGUCUUUC